GGAUCUUCGCACGUUAUGAAUGUUAUAACACUUCUGAAUCCCUUAUAUGAAUCAGCAAUGGAUUUUUAUUUAUAUUAUUUUUAAUAAAUUUUCAAUUGCAGUGUGUGUGAGAGAGAGAGAACCGCCAGCUCUUUGCAUAUGCUCUCUACUGCCUGCACACACACACACACACGCACCAGAACUCAACAAUAACAACGACACCAACAGUAUUUACACAACCCAACCGACUUUCUCCUCUCUCUCUCCCUCUCUCUUUAAUCUUAGCAAAGUUCUAAUCUUCCUCAAGAACCCACUCACUAUGGCAUAGUUUUAAUGUAUGAAAAGAUCAAAAGCUUGUGUCUUUUGAGCCAUUUUUCCUUUAAAAAUAAAAACAAAUGUGAUAACUUUUUCUGUUCAUUACGUCUCUUUUUGUCUGGUUUUGAGCUAAAGAUUUGGGAUUUUAAAAGGGUUGUUUUCUUAUCCAGAGAAUCACUAAUCUUUCUAUAGUGGUAAUAUUACUAGCAAAGAUAUUCUUUUGAUUUUGUUUGCUGGCUUGAAUUUGAUAUGAAAAAACAGUUUUUCUGUUUUCAAAUUUGUUUUCAAGUACGAGAAUUCAAUUUAUAAAUGGCUGAUUAGAGCAAUUUAUGUUGUAAUUUUUAGUUUGUUCUUCAUUGUUUGAAACUUUGAAUUUAGGAAUUAUGACUAUUUUAGAAAUGUAGAUAUAGGAGACACCAUUUCAAUGCUUGGAAGUUCAGAUUUUUUACUUCUUGGGUCACGUUCAAGUAGAUUUUGAACUCUUAAUUUUAGUGACUUUUGUGGUUUCUACAUUGGCUGGUCUCUACAGGGUACUGAGAUCAAAUAUUUGAUGAUUUUGUUGAAGCUGGUUGGUUCAGACCCAUGAAGAAUCUUUACUGGUUUAAGCAAAUCUCUAACAAUGGCAGAUCAGGGAGGAGGCUUUCACUUGGAGAAUACAAGAGAGCGGUUUCUUGGUCUAAGUAUUUGGUGUCAUCUGGGGCUGAGAUUAAAGGCGAGGGAGAGAUAGAAUGGAGUGCUGAUAUGUCCCAGUUGUUUAUUGGUAACAAAUUUGCAUCAGGGAGACAUAGUAGGAUUUAUAGAGGGAUAUAUAAGCAGAGAGAUGUUGCAAUUAAGAUUGUUAGCCAGCCUGAAGAGGAUGAGGAUUUGGCUGCUAUGCUUGAGAAGCAGUUCACUUCGGAGGUGGCUUUGCUUUUUCGGUUAAGCCAUCCUAAUAUCAUCACUUUUGUUGCAGCUUGCAAGAAGACUCCUGUGUAUUGUAUAAUCACUGAGUAUUUGGCUGGGGGCUCAUUGAGAAAAUAUCUCCAUCAGCAAGAGCCACAUUCUGUUCCACUUAACCUAGUUCUGAAAUUAGCUAUUGACAUUGCACGUGGGAUGCAGUAUCUUCAUUCCCAAGGAAUACUUCAUAGGGAUCUUAAAUCAGAAAAUUUACUGCUUGGAGAAGAUAUGUGUGUCAAAGUAGCUGAUUUUGGCAUCUCGUGCUUAGAAUCUCAGUGUGGUAGUGCAAAGGGAUUCACAGGUACAUACCGUUGGAUGGCUCCUGAAAUGAUCAAAGAGAAACAUCACACAAAGAAGGUUGAUGUUUACAGCUUUGGCAUAGUGCUCUGGGAGCUUUUAACUGCAUUGACACCAUUUGACAACAUGACUCCAGAACAGGCUGCAUUUGCUGUCUGUCAAAAGAAUGCAAGGCCACCAUUACCCCCUGCAUGUCCACCGGCAUUUAGUCAUCUUAUCAAUCGAUGCUGGUCAAGCAAUCCGGACAAACGUCCGCAUUUUGAUGAGAUAGUUGCAAUUUUGGAGAUUUAUACAGAGUCCCUUGAGCAGGAUCCGGAAUUUUUCUCAAAUUACAAACCUCACUCCGGACAUUCUAUUUUGCGUUGCUUCCCAAUAUGUAGGGCAGGGAAUUGUUAUAGUUCUGUAAAAGCAUAGAAUCUCUUCUUCAACUGGGCGUGUUGCUAAGUCAAGUGUAUCAUAUUCUUUUUCUUGUGUAGGUUUGUAUGUCCAAUUAUGAGUAGUAGUUUCGUUUGUCUGUGGCCUUUGCUUUGCUUUCUUGAUCACCUUCUCUCGCAUAAGAAUAUAUUGGAACAAAAGCAGUUCCUUAUAUUUGGUACUCUGAUGCUCAGGUACCUUACCUUGUCUUUCUAUGUACACUUGCUUCCCUCUUUAUGCAAUUUGAGAAAGAGGAAAAUGAAGUUUAUGAGACUGUCAUUUGAUUA